AUGCACCCUUCAGUUCCCUCCUCGUCCAGGGCACAGAAAGGAAAGCUGCCCAUGCAGCAGUGCCUUAAAGAACAGCUGCUGGAUUUGCCGAGCUGCGGCGGGGCCGGGCACGGGGUGCCGAAGGCGCGGCGCAGCGUCGGCCCCGCUGACGGCAUCGCGCUCCCCCCGCAGCACGACGGCGCCCUUGUGCCCCUGGGGUUGGUGCUGCUCUCCCUGCUGUCGUGCCCUGGCUUCCGCGCCAUCGUGCAGCUCCUGGACUGGUUCGAGCUGCCCGACGGCUUCGCCCUGGUCAUGGAGCGUCCGGAGCGCUGCCGGGACCUCUGGCACCUGCUGCACGCAGAGGGGUUCCUGCCAGAACCCUUGGCACGGGGGGUGUUCCGCCAGGUGCUGCAGGCCGUGCGGCACUGCACCAGCCACAGCGUGCUGCACCACCGCAUCAAGCCGCAGAACAUCCUCGUGGACCUGGACACCAGCGAGGCGAAGCUCAUCGACUUCGGCAUUGGCACCAUCCUGCAGGACACCUUGUACACCCGGAUGGCAGGAACGCAGAGGUACUACCCGCCGGAGUGGAUCCACUUCGGCUGCUACCACGGCCAGCCAGCCACCAUCUGGACCCUGGGCAUCCUGCUCUAUCAGCUGGUGUGCAGGCACCUUCCCUUCAAAACCAGAGAAGACAUCGUCCAGGGCCAGCUCUUCUUCCCGCCCUGGGUGUCUCAAGUGCUGGGCAGCUGCGUGGGGUAA